GAGCCAAGCCGAGAAGUCGACCCUCUGACCCGGGCCCGGAAGCGCCACCCGUGGCAGUUCGUAAGAAGGGUCUAUCCGAUCCACCCCUUCCAGGCGGUCCUGAAAGGGAAGGGCAGCAAGGGGAACAGAGUGAGCUGGAUGCAGGCCCUGUCAAGGACCAAGCGAACAAGCGCAGCGUACCAGCUGCACAGCCAGCGGCCGGCGAAAGGCGUGAUGAGCGCGAUCGCAAGCGCCAAAAGAAGGUCAAGAAUUCAGAGCACCAGGAGCACCAGCCGCGCAGUGGUAGAACGGCAGAAGCAGAUGCUUCCGGCGGUGUGAAGGACUCCCGGCACACGGCGGAUGGCCUUGCGGCUGCGGCCGCCCACGGGGUUGAUGUCGAUGCUGAAGCAGGAGCGCGGCCAGGGGCCAGCAAACGCAACGCCCGAAACAAAGCUGUGGGCACCGCUGCGCAAGGCGCACCAAAUGGCGUCGAGAGCGCAGCAAAUUUGGCCACCUCCAGCCAGCCAGCUGCUACGAAUGACAACUCAAAGAAGCCUCGGACGGAAAAAGGACGAUCAGCUGCGACGAACGAUCAGGCGGGUCCAAGCAACGCGACUGGGGAUCCGGAGCCCAAAGCUGGUAAGCCUCGCGCGGCAUCCCAGCAGGUGGAGCCAGCUAACACACAGCAGGCGGCUGGCAAGGCUGCUUUUGCCGCGCCAGCGGCAGCCGGGCCUUCGGCAUACACGAUCCAACCGCCGAAAACAGGAGCAGCAGCGGCGGCAGCUUUGAGCCUUGCGCGAUUGAAUGCAGGGGAAGAGCGUGAGCCUGCCGGCGAGAAAUUCGCACCAACCACUUCGGCAGCAGAGCCUCAAGGCCCUUUUACAAGUGGCUGUGUUCUACAGCUAAACACGCGAUCUGCAGCUGGCCCAGGUCCGGUCAAUGCAGCAGAAGGCGGAUGGCAUUUGCCAGCUACUGGCACCACGCCUGUGAAGACCUUCAACCCGGUUUCCUUGCCGCGCUUGGACGAUAUCGGCCUGAUUGACCGCAAGGCAGUGGCCGAACUGCAGGUUUGCAUGCGAUGCGCAUGGGUUUUAGUGCCGGGUUGUUUAUGCGAUGCACGGCAAUUGUCCGAGGUCCGUUUCCUUUACGACGAGCUCAAGGCAACGAAAAUCCAAGGAAUGGAAAAGAUGAUGGCGGAGCAGGUCGCGCACGCAGAAGAGCAGCGGAUCGCCCAGCACUGGGAAGCUGUCGCGAAGCGUGCGGAAGAGAAGGCAAACAGCGCGGCGGGGAAUCAGGACACGGCUCAGCUGCGGCAGCUGUUGAAGGAGAAGGGACACUUGUUGCUUCGCGUGGCUCAGCUGGAGAUAGAGUUGUCGCAGGUGCAGCAAGCCCUCCACGAUGCACGGGCGCAACUGGUGAAGUACCAGACGGGGUUGUCCGCGGGCCCUGGUCGUCAAGCGCAGGACAAUAAUGAGGCCAAUGUCGACCAGGGCACUGAAUGCCCUCAGCGCCAUGCAGGCGCUGAGGCUGAGCAUGGCGAAGGCACGGACUCGGAUGGGGCUCGACGUGAUGAUGUGAAGGUUGCACAGCAGGAGCCUUUACCGGAUGUGACUCUAGCGGGCGGUUGUUCUCCUGGCGCUGAUGACGCAGCAGCAGCCGCUGGCAGCAUUGUUAGAACCGCCUGUCAGUCGCCCAGCUGCGGCGCCGGUGUGCAGUUUCCAACACCGGCGGGAGGCACAGGCGCACAGUUUCCAAGCCCAAGUGCGCAGUUUUUCCCCAUGCGGGGCUUAGGGACGGUUCCGGGAUCUGGCAGUCGGAGCGUGGGGCGAGGCGUCAGCACGGAAUGCCAGCGCAUUGUCCAAAUGCUGCCUAGCCUUCGGCAUUCCACUGGCAGCCCAAUCGACGGCAUUUGCGGCGCUGAUAACCUGAAAGCUGUCGUUGCUAGCGCGGCAGCGGACUUGUCCCAUGCCCAUAACAUGGGCGCACCCGAGGCGUUUCAAAUUUCUGGGAAGCAGGCUCUGGCGCAAGAACCUAAGUCCGUGCUUCAAACUGCAGCAUUGGUCGCAACUGCGGCAACGAAGCCACUACCACCGUCUCCUAGUGCCUUGCGGCAGAUGCAGCCAGUACCGCCGGCAGGAUAUCCGCGAGGUGUAAGCCCCGACGGAGCCGCAGCGGCUGCUGCUGCUGUCAUCCAGUGCGGUUCGGUUACAAGCAAACAAGACAGUUGUAACCUACCUGGAGUUGCUCAGGGGGAAAUGGGGCAGCUACAGGCUACGCAGCACGCUAUGGGUAACCAGGCCAUCGUUCAGCCGCCCCAGGAUAUCGGUGAUAAGGCGCAGGACGGGCAGGGGCCGCGGGGCAUGCUUCCCAGGUCGCCUUCCCCACGCACGGCCAAGAUCAAGUUUUACGAGGGCAUGGUCGGGUGGCAUGUGGAUGUGAUUUCCACUAAGCCGAUGGAGGCUUACCGAGUCACCCACACUGCAUGCGGGUUGUCCUUUGAGCUCCGUGAGACGGAGGUGGAUCCCGAGGACUUGGAGGACGUGGAAAGCACAGGCCAGCCAUUGGGCGAUCCUGUGGGUGACGCCAACAAGGCCAAAUUUUACGAGUAUGUUCCGCUGAAUCUGGGCGCUAUCGGCGAGUAUCUACCGGCGCACUUGAAGGUGACUGCGGUUUCUGUUUUCGCUUGUGCAACGAGUCCACUUAGUAGGCAUGAUGCAUCGCUAGUUUACUUCGCAGUUGUCCAUCCGAGACACCUCAUGCGUAGGGCGGAGCUAUCCAUUGCGGCAAAGAAUAUGUGCUUGGGUUGCCUUUGCUCUAACCUUCUCUUGCUGCGAGUAAAAGCGCCCAUAGGAAACGUGAUGAAGCGGACAUACGACUUUUUUUGGGCACGUUCUUUGGGUUUGACGGUGUUGCCAUUCACGUCCCGUAUGCAGGAAACAAUUACGAUAUCGCAAGACCAGCGGCCUAAGUUGCUGGAAAAGCUCGACGCCGUCGUCAAGGGUGCUCGAAGCAGGAAGCCGUAA